AAUAAUAGGAAGUUUGUACGCUUCACAUGAAUAUAUAUUAUUGCCCAAACGUAAUGGGCUUACAUGUAUCGUUGGGGGCUGAAAGCGGCUGCCGGUGGUGCUGAGGCAAUGAUGUAUUGUGUGCAUCCCUCUUCUGCGCAUGUUGCAUGACAGGUGCACACGCAAUCCUCCAUCUUGGGCAUCACAAACUGAGGCAAAAGGGCAUCAACCAUAUACAUUCAAUAGAAAUACAAAUCUGACCGCGCGUAGAGAAAAAUAGGCAUGUACUCGAAAUGUAAAUUAGAGGUAACAAUCAACAACUGCUACUUCGAAUGAAUGACGGACGAGGGAGACCAGAAUGAAGAAUAUCGACUGCGUAUGGUCAAGGAAGACUAACGACCUUUUACACUGUCAGCUUUUACCUGUCUAGUAACGAAUCAACUAUUAAAGAAAAGAAAAUGCACCCUUCGUUUUAUUAGAUCUGGCAGUUACUAUUCUUCUCUGCAACCUUUACCAAAAAGUUGACUGGACCUCUUCAAAGGCUCAGGGGUUGACCAAGAUGGGCGUCAAGAAGCUGGCCAUCCUUCUCCUCGCCUUCUUGGUCUGGAUAGAGGGAGGAUCCACUAAAGAAAAAGGGACAAAGAAAGGGAAGAAGGGGAAGCAAGUCUACUGUCCUUCACAGCUGACACCUGAGGAUCUGGCACGGGUCCCUGAGAAUUCAACCAGUAACAUCUUGAACAGAUUACUGAUCACAUAUGAUCCUCGAAUCAGGCCCAACUUCAAAGGCAUUCCUGUGGAGGACAAAGUGAACAUAUUUAUAAACAGCUUUGGGUCAAUCCAGGAGACCACUAUGGAUUACAGAGUGAACAUCUUUCUGAGGCAGCGAUGGAAUGAUCCCAGACUCAGGCUACCUCGGGACUUUAAGUCUGACUCACUCACCGUUGAUCCCAAGAUGUUCAAAUGCCUGUGGAAGCCUGAUUUGUUCUUCGCUAACGAGAAGAGUGCCAACUUCCAUGACGUCACCCAGGAGAACAUUCUCCUCUUCAUCUUCCGCAACGGUGACGUCCUCAUCAGCAUGAGGUUGUCUGUCACUCUAUCCUGUCCUUUGGACCUGACCCUGUUCCCCAUGGAUACGCAGCGCUGUAAGAUGCAGCUGGAGAGCUUUGGCUAUACAACGGAUGACCUGCAGUUUAUGUGGCAGUCAGGAGACCCUGUCCAGAUGGAGGAGAUCGCCCUGCCCCAGUUUGAUAUCAAACAGGAGGACAUAGAGUAUGGAAACUGCACCAAAUUCUAUGCAGGGACAGGCUACUACACAUGUGUGGAGGUGAUAUUCACCCUGAGGAGGCAGGUGGGCUUCUACAUGAUGGGUGUCUACGCCCCCACACUACUCAUUGUGGUCCUCUCCUGGCUCUCCUUCUGGAUCAACCCUGAUGCCAGCGCUGCCAGGGUCCCUCUGGGGAUCCUCUCGGUGCUCUCCCUGUCUUCUGAGUGCACGUCCCUGGCAUCAGAGCUGCCCAAGGUUUCCUACGUGAAGGCCAUCGACAUCUGGCUGAUCGCCUGCCUACUGUUUGGCUUCGCCUCCCUGGUGGAGUACGCCGUGGUGCAGGUGAUGCUCAACAGCCCCAAGCGCAUCGAGGCUGAGAAGGCCAAGAUGGCAUCCAAGGUGAAGGCAGAGGGUAAGGAGAAGGCGGCAGGCAAGAACAACACGGUCAAUGGUACCAGCGAGACGCCCUGUCAUGUCAGCACACUGCAGGGGGCAGAGAUCCGGUGCAAAAAGGUGUGCACCUCCAAAUCGGACCUGCGCACCAACGACUUCAGCAUUGUUGGCUCACUGCCGCGGGACUUUGAGCUCUCAAACUUUGACUGCUACGGGAAGCCCAUUACCUUGCCCCACGGCCUGAGCAAAAGCCAGGCCAAGGCCAAGAAACCGCCGCCGCCCAAGCCCAUCAUCCCCUCAGCUGCCAAGCGGGUCGACCUCUAUGCCCGAGCCCUCUUCCCCUUCUCCUUCCUCUUCUUCAACGUCAUCUAUUGGUCCGUGUACUUGUGAUCAGGGAUGGAAUUGAAGGGUUUUGGGCCAGCUUGGCUAGUAGACCACAUCUUUGCUUGUGAUCAUCUCGUAUUUUGAUCCAUUCUUUCUUAAUUUUUCAAGUUAUUGAUUUGUUGAUCUGUUUAUAUUAAUCUAUAUAUUAUUAACUAUGAUUAUUGGCACUAGAACAAUUAUAUCAUCCAUGAAUUCAUAAUUAUUGGCACUCGGAAGAGCGAACAUCCAUCAUAGGUGUAAUUUGUGAGAUGAAUGAUAUAAAUUAUUUGACAAUUUGAAAAUCAAUAAAGAAUAAAAAAUAUUAAGAAUUUAUGGAAAAAUAAUACUGUUGUAGUACUUAGUUAAAAGAAAUCAUAAGACACAGUACAAAUAAUUGUACAUUGGUCUCCCAUCUAAAAAAAGAAAUUGCAUUGUGAAACCAAAACGUAUUAUGUCGAAGUCUCUCAAACGCUCUUGAGAACCGCACCAGGGUACCUCAUUUCAAAUUUGAAAACAACCCUAAAAAUAGAUUAAAGAAAGAAUUAAUCAAAAAUAUUAGUGUACAUAGCCAGGUGCUUUUUGUCGCUAAGAGCAGGAACUUGCUCGCAAGAUUGAUAAGAUGGCAUCGGCACAAAGUUUACAAUUGCAUGUUAAAAAUUGCUUAUAUGAAUAUAAAUGCAGUAUAUUAUAUCUAUGAAUGUUUAUUAAAGCUAUAAUAUGUAAUUUUUUGGGCGACCUGACCAAGUUCACGUAGAAAAGUGAGUUAAAGAUCUGUAAUUCUCAUUGAAAGCAAGUCUAAGAAGUGGAAGAUGUGCGCUAUUUCUAUGCUUCCCGUUCUUAAAUUUCGUUUUUGUGUCUAUUUGGUUUUGUACACCAGCUUCAAACAGCUGAAAAUGCUAUAUUUUGGGAUUUUGAAAAUAUAUUUCACAGCGGUUUGAAUGGUACAAUGGUUCUCUACACGAUGCAUUGCUUGUUUUGUCACAUAAACUAAAAUUAGGCGAACUCUAAUAUUAAAUACUAAAUAUUACCUUUAAUAUGAUCAUAUUAUUUUCUCUCUCCAAGACUACAGUUGAUAUAUAAAAAACGGUGUCGUUGUUCAGUUGGUUAUAUGACAUUGCCACUACGAGAAUUGUACCUUUUGACAAUCUCUCACAUAUCACUUGUUCAGCACCAUAUUUCAUGUGUAAAUGGGUUAACAAACUGACCAUGUAUAUGUGAUUUGCAAGUUUACAAUUUACAAACUAAAUAAAUGUUUAUAUGACUCACUCAA